UGUUCGGGUGUCUUUGUCCGACGAAGGUUGCUCGUCGUCAAAUCAAGCAACCACCCGAUUGUCAUAGGUUGGUCGUUUUCACCUCUGCAAAGCCAAUGGCGGAAAACAGAGAAGAAGUAGAUCCGGCCGAGGCCGUUUCUACAAGCGUAGCUGCCAAGAUUGGGACAGACGCAGCCUGGAGACCGAAGCUCAAAUACCACAUGGUAUUUUUCUUGUCGCUGGCUCAUUUUCUGGCAUUGGUUGGGCUUGUCUUGACCCUGAGGCACUCACAUCCGCUUAGAAUUCUUCUGGAAGUAGUCAUCGGAUGGCAGAUUGCAGGACUGGGAAUCACAGUCGGUGCUCACCGACUGUGGGCUCAUCGCUCCUUCAAGGCCAGUGCACCUGUCCGUCUCGUUCUUAUGCUCAUGAGCUGUGCAUCCCAUCAAGGCUCAGUCUACCAUUGGAGUCGCGAUCACCGCAUUCAUCACAAGUUCAGCGAGACCGACGCGGAUCCACACAACUCCCACCGUGGAUUCUUCUUCUCACACAUGGGUUGGCUGAUCCGGGAGAAGCACCCACUGGUCUUGAAGAAGGGCAAAGAACUUGACAUGAGUGAUCUUGAGGCAGACCCAAUUAUCAUGUUUCAGCAUCGUAACUAUCUGUGGAUGAGUUUCAUUUUCGCCUACUUCUUACCCGGCCUGUUUGGUUACUUUGUCCAUCAAGAUUUUUGGCUGGGUUUCUUUGCCCAUGGAUACCUGCGUCAUGCUGUGCUCUUGCAUGCAACCUGGAUGGUGAAUUCAGUGGCCCACGCUUACGGCAACAGGCCUUAUAGCCCCAAUAUCCGCCCGGCACAGAGCCUCCUGGUGGCCGUGUGUGCACUUGGCGAGGGAUGGCACAACUGGCACCACACCUAUCCGUUCGACUACUCCACCAGCGAGUAUGGCAUCUUCGGCGAGUACAACCCCUCCAAGCUCUUCAUUGACGUGUGCUGUUUGUUUGGCUUAGCGUCGGGCCGUCGGCGCGCUACACAUCUGUGGGAGAAGAAGAAGCUGCGUCUUGCCGAGCAGAAGGCACAGUAAGAUCAACACUGAGACAUGAGAAAAUACAAAACCGUAGGACAUUAUCAAAAUUAGUGUAGGUGGAGCAUCAUUUUUUGCCUUUGAUACAGAUUUGCAGACACUUGCACUGCCAAUUUACGUGUACACUGCCAUUUUUGCAGUUGGCUGUUACCGCUUCUGUGUGUGUGUGUGUGACGGUUGGCUUACAAACAGGGAGUUACUUUGCUGGAGUGCGCUGGAAGCAUAUGAAUAAUUUGAGUCUGCAAGAAUAUUGCUCCUUUCUAAACCAGUCGUUCUUAAAAACAGCGUCAACAGGAUUUCAUAUUCAAUAAUUAUAUUUUCUGCCAAAUGCACGUCGCAAACAGAACGUAGCAUAAUACAAUGUAUCUGAUCUCAUUGAAAUUAUUAGCACCAGAUAUUGUCCUGGCCCUUGGAUUGCAACCACUUAGCCACGGAUUUGAAUCUGCCAUGUGUGCAUUGAUUUAUUAAUUCCCUUUUUUUUACUUGACCGUUUCAACAGUUUGGCCAUUCGCAGCAUCUGACUUGGCAUAUUGAAUGAACUGCAAUCUUGAAGUUCACCAGUUGCUUAUGAGGCCACGCCGUAUUUUUUCUG